UUAUGGAACAAUUUUCACGAACCAGAAUCAAAUCUUCAUCUUCAAUUCUGUCAUGUCCCUACCGACACAAACGUUGCUACGCAUAUAUAAAUCUUAAUCCAUGUACCAUGUUCAUUCCUACGUUAUUAUUACAUAUACACGUUACUUCAUUGCUUCCAUUCCAUAUGUUAUCCACGGCCACCGCAGACGGCGUGCCGGCGCCGUACAACUCGACUGUGGCUACAAGUCUGGGAAGGCGGCGGAUUCCGAUACACACGACAUUCUACUGGGGGCAUAAGGUGGACAUACUUUUCGGGUGCUGGCCGGGCGACAGCGCCGCCAUGUACGCUGUGGCGCUGCUCCUCGUGUUCUUUAUGGCGGUGCUGGUGGAGUGGCUCUCGUUCACCAACAUUGUGAAACUCAAGCCCGGGGGCUCAAACGACGUCGUUGGAGGACUCCUGAAGACGGGGCUUUACGGCGUGCGUUCGGGGCUCUCUUACUUGGUGAUGUUGGCCGUUAUGUCUUUUAACGGUGGUGUAUUUGUCGUCGCUAUAAGCGGCCACGUCAUUGGGUUCUUGAUUUUCGGGACAAGGGCUUUAAGGAAGAAAUCCAAUGGGUUGGACUCUUCGAAAGCGUAGGUUUGGCCCGCUUUGGAACUUUGAAUCGGUGCCGUUGGAUAUGAUGAAUAAUGAGAAAAUAAAUGAAUAAAAAGACUGUAAAAUGAGGCGUUUUUUCUCUCCUCCAAUGGCCAAAGUGUCGGAUCAAAUCAAACUGUAGCGGUGUUUUACGAAGUUUGAAUAAUGAAAUCGAU